UGAGCUGACGCGACAAGCUUUCGCAGCAGCAGAAAAGCAGCCGGCGAUGGAACUUUCACUCCGUUGGCCGUCUUCGCGGCUUAGGGAGCAUAAGAUAUGUUGCUUUGAUAAGCCUAUUGUUGGCCGCGCUCGGCUGUCGCGUCGGCUCGUUGCAAGCCCCAGCCCUCCGCUUCCGACGCUAACUGCAAGUAGGCGUGUCGAGCAACAUGCCGCGGCUUCGUCAACGGGCGGACCCAUUCGGCGAAAGCUUGAAGAGGUGGCGACGGCUAUGGACGAGCAGCUUGCGAAGCUGCGCGGCGCCUCAUGGCAGGGCGUGGAGCUGCGGCUGCUGCUGCAGGUUGGCCAGAUGGCUGCCAGCCUGGUGUUUGUGGGGUUGUACAUCUGGAGCACCUACACGCCCGCGCCGCGCGGCUCGUGGCGCCACGGGGCGGACCUGGCGCUGUCGGCGCUGUUCGCGGGGGACCUGGUGCUGCGGCUGAGGGCCGCCGGCUCUGCCUGGACACGUGUGUUGUUCACGCCGCUGUCGGGGCUCGACGCGUUGUCGUUCGCGCCCGGUGUCUUGGAGCUGGCGGGAAUGGCGGCGAGCGCCCUGGGCGCGUGGGCGCUGGCGGGAGGAGGAGCAGGAGCAGGGGCGGCGGUGGGGGCAGCGGCGGAAGCAGCAGUGGGAGCAGCGGCCGGCGCAGGCGCAGCGGCUGCGGGGGCAGGUGCAGCAGGGGCAGCAGCAGCAGGAGCAGCAGGCAGGGUGGCGGCGAGCGGGCUGCUGAGCUGGCUGGGAGCGGGCGGGCUGAGUGGCGCGGGGGGCGUGCUGGGGGCGGGCGGCGUGGACUUGCGAUGGUUCCGCAUAUUCAGGGCUCUGCGGCUGCUGCGGCUGGUGCUGCUGACGGGCAACGUGCCGCUCAUGAAGCUGAGCAGCGGCGCGCUGCUGAGCGGGGCGGUCAACGUGCGGCUGAUGCAGCUGGUGGCCUCGGUGCUUGCGCUGCUGUUCACCGCCGCCAGCCUGGUGCACGCGGUGGAGCGGCUGCCCUGGCACGACGCGCUGUACUUCGUCACCACCACCCUCACCACCGUGGGGUACGGCGACGUGGUCAUGAAGACAACCGCGGGCCGCUUCAUCGUGCUGGUGUUCAUCGCGGUGGGUGUGGUGGUCAUCCCGGUGCGCACCUCGCAGCUGUGGGGCCAGCUGGCCAGCCGCCGCCUCACCGCGGGCACGCUCAGCCCCGGGCGGCCCACAGUGCUGCUGAGCACGAGGCUCAGCGAGGUGCGCGGCUUCGCCGACCUCACAGACGAGUUCUUCCACCAGGUCCGCCACCAGCAGUUUGUGCCGCAGGAUGUGCACCUCAUGGUUAUUGGCAACAAGCCCUCGGAGCAGUUCACCGCGUUCCAGGAGCUUCACGACCAGCGCAUCACGCUGGUGGAGGGCUCCGUGCUGUCUGCCGCCGACCUGGUGCGCACGCGGGCGGAGCGGGCAGCAACCAUACUGGUGCUGGGCGACCGCUUCACGCACGACGCGGCGGCUGAGGACCUGGACGUGUUGUUCCGGGUGUGGGCCAUCAAGAGCUACACCAAAUGUGUGCCGCUCACGGUGCAGGUGCUGCGGGCGGCGGCCCUAUCCAAGGUGGUUCCCUUCCUGGAUCCACACCAGGACGUGGUGAUGUCAGUGGAGCAGAUGCGGCACCGGCUGUUGGCGCUGUCGGCUCUGUGCCCCGGCGCCUCCACACUGCUGGGCAACCUGCUGCAUGUGGCGGGACCCAGCAGGCAGCUGAGGGAAAGCUCCAUGCGCCCCGCCGGCGCCCCCACACCCAAGCUGGCGGGCCGGUCCUGGUUCGCCGAGUACGUGCGCGGCUGCGGCCACGACCUGCAUGUGGUCCCCGUCACCGACACCAGCGCCACGGCUGUAGCAGCGGCUGCAGCGGCGGCGGCAGGGGCCAUAGCGGCGGCUGUAGCAGCCGGGGCCGCGGCUGUGGCUGGUGGCGGCGGAGGGGGAGGGGGAGGGGGAAGUGGUGGGGGUGGCGGCGCGGCGAGCAAUGGCGUGGGCGGCGCGGCGGGCAGCCUGGUGGGCUGCUCGUUUGGCUCUGUGGUGCGGGAGGCGUUCCGGCAGCAGCACCUGCUGGUCAUUGGCAUCCUCACCGGCUCCGAGGGGCGUGUGCUGCUCAACCCGCACCACCGCCGCCCGCUCCUCCCCACCGACCAGCUCCUCGUCAUCGCCCACACCGAGCACCACGCCGCCGCCGCCCUGCGAGACCCGCGGGUCGUGGCCGCCGCCGCUGCCGCCACCGCCGCCGCGGAGGCGCGCGCUGCGGAGGCCGAGGCGGCGGAGGCGCAGGCGGAGGCGGUGGUGGCAGCCGCAACGGCGGCGGUAGCGGCUCGGACUAUGCUUGCGGCGUCGGGCGCUGAGGGUAGUGAGGACGGCAGCGGCGGCAGCGGCAGCGCCAGUGACGAUGGCGGUAUCAGCGAUGAGGAGCUGAGUGGCGGUGUGGCGGCGGCAUUGGCGGCGGCGGGAUCCGGCGGCGGCGGCGGCGGCAGCCCUGGCAGCGCACGCGGCGCCGUGGCUGGGAGUAGCAAUGGCGGCGGCGGCAGCAGAAGUGGCAGUAGCAGUGGCGGCCGCCGCCGGCCGCGGCGUGUGAAGCGCUAUCUGCCGUCGCUUGCUUCUUGGGACGAGGAGGAUGAUUACUUCACGGAGAAGGAGGGAUCCUUCUUCGCGGCGGUGCGGGAGGUGGAGCGGAUUAAGAAGCAGAAGGAGCGGCAGCAGGCGCGGGAGGCGCGCGCUCGUGGCGCGGAGGAAGACUGGGCUUCGGAGCUGGCGGCGGCGUCGGAGCUAGCGGCGGAGGCGAAGGUGCAGCAGCGCCGGCGAGAGGCCUUGGGGGCGCGGCAGGAGCAGCAGGCGAAGGAGCAGCAGCAGCAGGCGGAGCAAAAGGAGGAGCGGCGGCGACGGGAGGUACAGGAGAUGGAGCAGGCGCAGGUGGGGGCGGUGGUGGAAGCGGCAAGCGGCAGCGGCAGUAGCAACGACGCAGGCACGGCGGCGGCAGCGGCGGCGGCGACGGCUGCGGCUGCACUUGCUGCGGCCGCGGCCGCUGCUACUGCCGCUGCUACUGCCGCGGCUGUGUCAGCUACAGCCGUCCAGUCCACACCAGGCGCGCUGAGCUCUGAACGGGAGCCAUGCGCGGCGGCGGCGGCCACGCCCGUCAUUGCUACAGCCGCAGUAGCCGUCACGGUUACCCUGAGCGCCGACACGGACGCGGACGCGGCAGAGGCGGAGGCUGUAGCAGCCACAGCCGCAUCCUUAGCAGCCUCUGCUGGUGGCCCUGCUGCAACAGCCGCAGGCGGCGCUGCUGCAACCCCCACUGGCAGCAGCGGCUGCAGUAGCAGUAGCAGCAGCAGUAGCAGCCUGGCGGCGAAUGCGGCGGCUCAGCACCGGCUGGCUGCCGGCAGCUCCCACGUGGUCAGCUUCAGCAGCGGCAGUAGCUUCAGCAGCGGCAGUAGCGGCUGGCGCAGCGGCGCGGGUGCUACAGCCGUCGCCGCCGGCUCAGCCGGCAGUAGCACCGGCAGUAGCCGGCAGUUGCACUCGGCCUCCCCCGACGUCGCCUCCUUCAUCAGCCCUGGUGGCACACCCGGCAGUAGCACGGUCAGCUCACUGGAUGUCCCGCCGCCAACGCCGCCGCCGCCAGCAGCAGCAACAGUAGCAGCAGCAGCAGCAGUAGCAGCAGCCAGCCACGUGCACAGCGGGUCGAACGGGCACGUGGACGUGCCGCCACACGCCGCCGCCUCCUCCUCCUCCGAGCUGGGGCUCAACUACGGAGCCGUCGCCGCGCCGCCGCAUCACCGACCGCAACAGCUACAGUUGCAACAGCAGCUACAGCCGCAGCAGCCGCAGCUACAGCCGCAACACCAGCACCAACACGGCAGUUCUGUGACACCAGGAGGCGCAAUGGCGGCGGCGGCCGUAAGUCGCAGCGACCUGCGGAUUAACAUCAACCCUGCGUCAGCGCCGGUGACUGCGGCAAAAGCGGCGGCGCCGCCGGCGCCGCCGGCAGCGGUGACGGCGUCCCGAGUGCCGGCAGGCGCUGCCGCCGCCGCCGCCACGGUCGGCGGCCCGAGCUGGUUGUCAGCUCCGCCCGCCGCCGCUGGAGCGGCGGCGGGGGCUGCUACAGCUGCUACAGCUGCUACAGCUGCUGCCAAGCGGCCUUCAUACACUCUCGCGGAUGCAUCCUGGCGGCAGCCGGAACCCGGGUCGCCAUCGGCGGCGGCGGCGGCGGGCGACGCCAGUGGCGGCGGCGGCGGCGGGCGGGGCCACGUGAUCCUGGCGGGGGCUCUCGAUAGCUUUGUGGAGUUCGCACGUGUGCUGCACAGCUGUGCCGGCACCAAGGACGCGGACAGCGGUAUGUCGUGUCUGGAGGUGGUGGUGCUGCACCCCAACCCGCCCGAGGGGCUGGUGCUGGCGCUGGGGGCCAUGGGGCCCACACGGGUGGUGAGAGGCAGCCCGGCAGACCCCAAGGCGCUGCAGGCAGCGGGGGCGCCCUCGGCGCGCUGCCUUGUGUACCUGGGACACAGCGAGCGGCCCGGCGGCGGCGGCGGCCGCUGCGGCACCGCUGCCGCCGCCGCCCUGGAGGCCGGUGACGGCUCCAACCCCAACGACUACGGCACAACCAGCCGAGCGGGCGUGCAGGCCGACGCCGAGGCGCUGCUGACGUGUUACGGGGUGGGCGAGGACGUCAGCGUGUCCAUGCCGCCCUCCCCGGGACACGGCGGCGGCGGCGGCGGCGGCGGGCCCUACUAUGGCCCUGACUCGGACGGCUUCAGCAGCAGCGGCGAGGAGUCGGAGCGCGGCGGCGGCGGCAGCAGCCACGGCCCAAACACACACACGCACAACUCUGUGCCCUGGGCACACCCGCAACCCGCCCCGCAAUCCGGCGUUCGUGACGGCCGCGGCCCCGGCGAGGCGGCGGCGGCGGCGGCCAACGGCGGCGGUGGCGGCCGCCUGCCGUACGUCGGGGCUUCAUACGAUGGGGGAAUGAGCAGUGGCGGCGGCGGCGGGCCGCCGGGCAGCUUACAAGGGCCUCAACAGGGGUCUCAGCCGGGGUCUCAGCCGGGGUCUCAGGGCCAGCAGCAGCAGCAGCAGCAGCAGCAGCAGCAGCAGCAGCAGCAGCACGGCUACCACUACAACUACUACGGCAGCGGCGGCAUGCGCGGGCACAGUGUGGUGGAGCUCAGUUUCACAAGCAGCGUGCGCUUCCUGCAGCCGGGGCUGCUGCUGCAGGGCACCAGCGUGUGGGAUGAGUCGUGCGCCAUCGGCGGCGCCGCAGCCCGGCCGCGGCGCAGCUGGCGUCAGCGGCGCGAGGCGGAGGAGGCGGCGGCGGCCAACGGGUUGGUGCAGUGGCAGACCAACAUCUACUACGGCGCGGGGCGGGUGGUGGUGCCGGCACUGGUGGACACCUUCACCAUUCAGGCCUUCGCCAAGCGGAACCUGCUACUAGACGUGAUGAGUGAGCUGUGUGGUGACGACCCGGGCGCGCGCCCCGGCGGCACACUGCUGCGCCUGGUGGCGGUGCCGCCGCAGUGCGCGGGGCGGCCCUACCGCCAGCUGUUCGAGCACCUGGUGACACACACAGGCGCGGUGCCUCUGGGCCUGUACCGCUCCAAGCCCGAGAACCCCGCGUGGCGCCUGCACUUUGUGAGCACCAACCCCGCCUGGCAGGAUGUGGUCAGCGGGGACGACCGAGUGUUCGUGCUGCGGCCCGCCGAGUGAGCGGCUGGACUACUGUGGCGGGAGGGGGUUAGUUCAUUUCAGUCACAAGGUGCGCCAUUGCCAACCCAGAACCUGUAGGGCGCGGGAGGCGGGACGGGGCGGACUGGGGCGGGAUGGGAUGGGAUGAGGCGGGAUGGGACGGCGGCGGUCAGGGCCUGGCUGCUUGUUUGGUCGUACUGGGUACUGGUGGGCAGGUGCUCACACUGACGCGAGUGAAGGAGUGACGGAGCGGCUGGCUGGCAGCGCUGGUGGGUCACUAAAGCUUUUGAGCGUGGCAUGGGGGAAGGGAGUGGUGGCACGAGGCGGCGCUUGCGCGGGUGUGUGUUUUGAGUCUGGUUUUGGCGUGGGUAUGGCACGGCGACACACGGCGGCUUCAAGUGACGGAGGGACGGACAUGCAGACAAACAGUUAACAGCCAUUUUCAAGUCGGGGUAGGAAGGGGCGGAAGGAGGCGACGCGGAAGGCGCGGUGGGGUGGUUCGGGGCGGACGUACGUAAGAUCUGCUUGCGGAGUCGUGUCUCUCCGGUGGCAGCGGCCGAGCGGCUGCUGCCGCAAAGACACCGAGGCAGGAACAUGCGGCGUAGGGAUGCAUGCGUGGGCUGUGCCCCUCGAUGCGCACUUCUGUACGAUGAUGGCAUGGGGGACGGGGGUGCAGCAAUGAUAUAUGCUGGCAAGCAAUCGUGUGCUCCAUAAAUGCAUGAUGCUUUACACAGUGCGUUUUUCAAGUGGCGCGGCGCUGGGACAAAAGCAUUGUCAAGGAGAGAAGACGAAUCAUGAUCACGGCACGCGUGCGCCGUGCGGCACUCGGUGGGCAUUUCAUGGUGGUGUGAGCAGUGAGUCAGACCUUUUGACCUGUGUUUUGGGGCUCAGGAGUUUGCAGAGAAGUAACUCCACUGCGCUGAUGGGGGCUGGUGUGCUACCGUAAUGGAACUUGGCAGAACUUGGGGCGCGGAGCCCAGCAUAGUGCAGUAGCAAUAGUGCAGUACGGUAGCGUUUGAUUUAUGAAUUACAGGCUCGGAGUGGCAGUGGUGGUCGUGCACGGUGACGGACUGCUGAAUUCCUAGUACAAGCAAAAGCCGAGGGUGAUGAGAAGCAAGUUCCCGUUGUGAUGGCUAUAAUCCCGGGCCCACAAAUCCUACAAGGCUCGCAGGGCAAGAGUCGUAACGUAGGUUCGAUCACGGUGACGGACUGCGUGACGGGGAAGGCUGUGCGACAUGAGGUCACGGUCACCGGUAUGUGUGGGGUGAGGGCCAGGUGUUCAGGCAUUGCAAAAGCGGCGCCACUGGCCACUGUACAUGCGUCGCAAAAGGCCGAUAUGUAAGGCAUCCUGUAACUUCCACGUUCG